AUGGUGCUCGCUUCAUUGCGAAAUUGGCGAGCGCAGUGGCUACCUCCAAAGCCAAAAUUUACUGAGCAGGAUGUGCUCGCUCAGAAUGGACGAGUUUUCAUUGUCACAGGCGGAAAUGCCGGCAUCGGAUACGAGUUGGUCAAGAUGCUGUACGGCACAGGUGCAACAAUAUAUAUGACCUCGCGAUCAAACGAUCGUGCAGAGAGUGCCAUUAAAACCAUCACAUCUGUUGAUCCCCGCCCAUCAAAUCCUGGAACGAUCAAGCCGCUGUGCUUGGAUCUAAAUGAUCUCGAGAGCGUCAAGAACGCCGCUGAAACGUUUGCUAAACAGGAAAGUCGACUUGAUGUGCUUUGGAACAAUGCAGGCACUGGAGGAACUGGAGUCCAGGUUGGAGCCAGAACGAAACAAGGUCUCGAACCAAUGGUGGGCAUGCAUUGCGUAGCAGCCUUACUCUUUACUCAACUUCUGAUCCCCCAGUUACGUACUGCUGCUACCUCGUCGCCAAGACCGUCUCGAGUUGUUUGGACAUGUAGUUUUCUCGGCGAAGCAGCGACACCAACGAAUGGCAUCGACUUCGAUUUUCUCAAAGAAGGUAGUUCUGACCGAGUGCAGAACUAUGCUGUCUCCAAAGUUGGCAACUGGAUGCUAAGUCGCGAGAUGGCAACGCGCUAUGCCGAAGACGGGAUCAUCAGUGUCGCUCAGAAUCCAGGCAACCUCAAGGCCGGGGCCUACGAUGGUACACCAGCAAUUGCCAUGUUCUUCAUGAGAUUCUUUCUCCAUGAUCCGAAAUUUGGAGCCUAUACUGAGCUCUACUCUGGCCUUUCUUUAGAUAUCACCAGCGAGCAUAACGGGUGCUAUGUCAUCCCUUGGGGACGGAUCCGUUCAGAUGACAAAUGUCCACGCAGGGAUAUCAUAAGAGCCAUGAUUCCCCAGUCUGCAGGUGGAUUGGGCUAUACAGGAAAGUUCUGGGACUGGUGCGAGAGGCAGUGGCAACCUUUUGUUGGUGACGUUUUCACCGGUUGA